AUGGAUUUUCUUAGACUAUUGAAACCUCGCGCUCUCAAUCAAUUGCCCACCAACCAGGAAGUACCUAAACCCAAGAAGGAAGUGCCUAAAGUCGCAAAGGUAGCUAGAGAACCACUUCGACUAUGUAUCAUGGAAUAUGCAGACGGUCACUUAAUCGCAUCAAAAUUUAAAGUUUUUGAUGAAUACAAGAGAACUGAGUAUGUUGGUCGUUUUUUUCUCGAUAAAAAUCAAAACAUGGUGAUCGAAAUCAAGAAUUCCGAUGAAACUCGCGUGGAACUUCAUCUACGCAAAUUGGCAACUGGGGAUUGCACCUUUGUUGCUGAUCAUCAAGCAGGUGUUUCCGUCACUUUAUCUCUUGGUAAUGCGAGGUUUGACCGCUGGACACUUCGUCUACGCGAACACAAAUAUACGGUGACAGCUUCAAAUGUUGGGCCGAUUGCAAUCUUAUGGGCCGAUAGUGAUAAAUCAAUGAUCGCACGAUUACACUCACAGCUCGAGUCGGUUGUUUCUCUAGUCGAAUUGUAUCAGACGUACAUCUAUCCGCAUUGCUCAGUGCCAUCAUCUGGUACUACCGACAACAUCCUUAUUUCGGUUUGGAAAGCCACAAUUUCCAGCGCAGACAGAGUCAAUGCAAACAAUCUUCGCCGGCAAUCGAUUGCAGUUUCCAGCGCAGACAGAGUCAAUUCAAACAAUGUUCUCCAGCAAUCGAUUGCAAUUUCCAGCGCAGACAGAGUCAAUUCAAACAAUCUUCGCCGGCAAUCGAUUGCAAUUUAUAGCGUCAAUAGAAAUGACACAACCAUAACUUCAAGUUCAAGGAGCAGAAUGUUGUCUCCGGAGCCAAUUCUCGAGGAGCCAACUGAUUGGGAAAAUUGUGAUCCUGGUCCAUCAAACCAUCAACGAUGUUACCAUCAUAUUGAAACUGAUGCAAAGUGA